AUGGUCCUGCCCGCCGGCGGUCUCCUCCUCGCCGCCGGCGUCGCCGGCCUCCUGGCUGGCUCCGGCAGGGGCGCCGCGGUCGUGGCAUGGGGAGGGGUAGCGGAGCUGCUCCUCGCCGCCAUGAGCUUGAAAGCCUGGAAGAAGGGACGCCGCUCAGUUGGGGCCGCCAUCACCUCCCUGCAAACAGGCAUCGCUGCAUUCCUCUCGCUGCGGCUCUAUCGUGUCUUCCUAGCCUCCGCCAAGCCCGCCGCCCGCAUUGUGCAUGGCGUGCUCCUGGCAAUCGCAGGCUCGCUCCUCGUUUUCCUGGUGUACAACCUGCUUGCAGGGGGGAACCCACCGAAGCGUGCUCAGCCUGGCGAGGAGCCCUGA